ACUCGCCUGCGCUAAACCCUCCCCCGUCGGUCGCCGCAAAGCGAAGGGGAAGCCCUCCGCUCCGCUCCGUAGCGCCGCCGCUCUCUUCCCCACGCACCAUCGCUCGCCGGCCCGCUCACCGGUCACCAGUAGCAGCAUGGCGGCGGCCGCUGCCCGCUCCGGGUUCCGGCGGAUGUUCUCCGUCUCGGGCUUCACGCCGCCGCCUCCCCCCGCCGCCCGCCCCGCGGCGGAACCGUGCAACAACCUCUUCGUCUCAGGGUUGAAUAAACGCACGACAUCUGAGGGACUUAGGGAAGCCUUCUCAAAAUUUGGUCAGGUUAUUGAAGCUAGAGUAAUCACUGAUAGAAUAUCUGGAUACUCCAGAGGAUUUGGGUUUGUCAAAUAUGCAACUGUUAUAGAAGCCGGUGAGGGCAUAAAAGGCAUGGAUGGAAAGUUCCUUGAUGGUUGGGUGAUAUUUGCCGAGUACGCCAAGCAGAGAGAAACUCAGCAGCCUGCGCAGCCAUCAUCUGGUUACCAAUACUCGAACUAAUUAUAGUUGCCUCUACUAGCAUGAUUAUUUUCUAUUGUUUCUAGAGGGAGAUAUUUUAGUGUGCACGGCAUGAACUUCCCUUCUGGCUAUAAAUUUACUGUGCCGUUUUUGUUGGCUACUGCCUAUUAGAUGACUCUACUCUGUCCACUUAUGUAACUACAUCUGUCACUACUGUGUUGUUGGCUACUGCCUAUUAUUAAGCGACUACUCUGUUCGCUUA